AGGAGGAGUAGUAGAAGUUAGAACCGGACGACACAUUCUUAAAUGCAGGCAAGGAGGGGUGGCUUCUUCUCCUCCUCCUCCUCCUCCUCCUGCAACGGUACAAGAGCCAGCGCCAGCGCCAUCACUUCCCCACUCCUCCACUAGCCACUGCCCCUCCCUCCCACAUACACACACACACACACCAUCUCUUCCUCCAUCCAUCCUCCCCUCCUCCCCAAAGAGAGCUUGCACAGCAACUUGGAAACGGCGGUGAUCUGCAAAGAUGACCAAAGAUGAGGACUUCAAGCUGGUCAAGAUCCAGACCCACGUCCUGAGGGUGAACAUACACUGCGACGGCUGCAAGCACAAGGUCAAGAAGCUGCUCCAGAGGAUCGAAGGCGUCUACUUGGUGGCCAUCGAUGUGGACAACCACAAGGUCACGGUGACCGGCAGCGUGGACUCUGAGACGCUGAUCCGGAAGCUCACCAGAGGGGGCAAGCACGCAGAGCUGUGGUCGCACCAGAAGGGCGGCAACGGCGGCAACAACAACAACCAGGGCCACAAGGGCGGCGGCGGCGGCGGCAACAACAACCAGCAGAAGCAGCAGCAGCAGCAGCAGCAGCAGAAGCAGGCUGCGAAUGUGAGCAAGGAUGGCGGCGGCAAGGGCAAUGGCGGGCAGAAGGAGCAGGGCAAGCUUGGUGGUGGUGGAGUUGGGAGCCUCAUGCAGGGCCUCAAGGCCUUCAAGAGCCAGCACAGCAAGCACCAGCUCCCUGAGCUGAGCUCGGACGACGACGACGACGAUAUGUAUGAUGAUGAGGAUGAUGAGGACGAUGAUGAGUUUGACGAUGAGUACGAGGACGACCUCCGCUUCCUCGGGGACAAGAUGAGCCAGCUCGGCAUCAUCAGGCAGCGUGCCGAGGCUGCGGCGGCGAUCAACGCCAAGAACAAGAACGCCGCCAAUGUCGGCGGCAAGAAAGGCGCCCCGGCAGGGAACAACCACCAUCAGAGCAACCAGAACCAGAAGAUGAACAUGGGCGCGGCGGCGGGGAAUGCCAAGAUGGGGAAUGGCGCUCCGAAGAACACUGGCGGCAUCGGCGGCCUGAUGGGCCUGAACCAUGGCGGCCUGGGGGCGGCCGGUGCUGCCCCUGGCAUACAGGGCUACACAGGCGGCGGCGGCUUCAGCCACCCGUCCUCCUAUGGCGCCGCCGGCUACGGAGGGCUCCAGCAGCAGCAGCAGCAGCAGCAGAACGGCAACCUGAUGGCGAGCAUGCAGGGGUACCACAACAACCCGGCGGCGGCCGCGGCGAUGAUGAACAACCUGAGGGGCAACAUGAUGAUGCACCAGCCGCAGGCGCAGCCGCAGAUGAUGUACCACCGGUCUCCCCAGAUCAGCCCUUACACCGCCUACUACAACCCAUACAGCUACUACUACCAGCAGCCCGGCGGCGGCGGCGGCGGCUCCUCCGCCUACCACCCCGGCGCCGGCACCGGCGACGUCGAGACCAUGUUCAGCGACGAGAACACCAAGGGCUGUGCCAUCAUGUAGUAGGAUUGUAGUUAGCGGUGUCAAGAGUCACAAUGUAGAGGAUGAUGGGCUUGGUGAUGCAGUCGUACUACUUUUUUACUAGUAUUUUGCUGCCUUUAUGUUUUUUCUCCUGUAUCAAGAAUGAAUGAAUCAUGGGUGUUGACUUGGGAUGAUGUGCUGUUUGAAACUGAAUGAAAGCAGUGGUGCCACUGUGUGUAGAGAAAUUAGUAUUA